AUGAACCAGAGAGAGGGAUUGGUUAUUUUGCAGCAGGUUUGGGACAAUACAAUGCUCCAACAGAAGUUCAAAAUCAAACCUUUCUAUGCAGUGCUCAAUAAAGACAUUGGAAGAGUGGAUUGGAGGAAUCUCAUCAAGUAUAAUAAAGCUAGGCCUAGAGUUUUCAUGUGUCUUUGGCUCACUUGCCAUGGAAAUAUUUCUACAAAAGACAGAUUGAAGCGAUUUGGUAUGGUGCAAGAUAGUUUAUGUGGUCUGUGUAAGAUGGAAGAAGAAUCCCUAAAUCGUUCUUUCUUCUAUUGCAGCAAGACUAAGGGAAUUUGGAGUUAUAUUCUCAAGUGGGUGAAAGUGAACCAUGUCCCCCAUAAGUGGGAUGAUAAGCUUAGGUGGAUUAUUAGUGUUACUAAAGGAAAAGGGAGGAGAGUUGCUCUCAUGAAGAUGAUUGUGACUGAAACAAUAUAUUGCAUUUGGAGCUAUAGGAAUGAUGUAGUCUUUGACAAUACUGUGAAUAAUAAUAGUCUAGUUACAAAGAUCAUUGAUAGUGUGGUGUAUAGGGGAUGA